AAAACUACCACGCCUUGAUGGCGGACACGUUAUUGGGCUGAAGCUUGUUUGGUCGGUGCGUCAUGCUAGGCUAUCACUAGCACAUAAACUUUUCCUUCUGUCGUCAAUCCUCCUCCCACCCCCCCUCGAGCAAUGUCUUCAUAGUGUCCACCCGGUUGACAAUUUAUUUAUUAAGCGCACUGGGCUAGUAUCAUUUCUCUGACUUGCCUGUCGUUAUAACAAGCCAGCAAGCAGCAAGCUGUCCACUCCUGGAAGAGCGAUACACCGACAGAGAGAAAGGGAAAGCAUGCUUGGCGCGGUGGUGGUGGGCAUUGGGAGGGCAGGACAGGCGCGAAUGAGGGACCUCCUGGCCCCCCUGCCCUCCAGCCCUGCUGAGAAACUGGUCCUGAAGGGCUUUGUGUCCAGGAGGACUCUGGACGAGCAGCAGGCAGUGAAGCAGAUCUCUCUGGAGGAUGCCCUAAACCGGCAGGACAUUCAGGUGGCCUUGGUGUGCACGGAGAAUGCCAGCCACGAGGACCUCAUUCGGAAGUUCCUGGAGGCGGGGAAGCACGUGUGCGUGGAGUAUCCAAUGGCGCUGAGCCACACCGUUGCCAAGGAGUUGUGGGAACUGGCUGAAAAGAAAGGGAAGGUGCUUCACGAGGAGCACAUCGAGCUGCUGACGGCUGACUACAAGCAGCUGAAGAAGGACUUGGCAGGCAAGAGCCUUCAGGAGGGCACCCUACACUUCACAGGUGGACCCGCGCCAGAGGGCUUUGGGUUCCCCUCCUUCAGCGGCCUGUCGCGGCUCACCUGGCUGGUGGACCUGUUCGGGGAGCUGGCGGUAACGGGGGCCAGCCUGACGGAGGACAGGGAGAACGCGUACAGCAAGCUGACCGUGCAGCUGCUCACCUGCGAUCAGAGGCCCCUCACCUGGUUGGAGGAGCGCGGUCCCGGCCUGCGCCGGGGCAAGCGCGUCAGCUUCCGCCUGGACUCGGGCGCGGUGGUGGACGCGCUGCCGGCCGCGCCCCGGGAGCCCGUGGGCCUCUUCAUGCAGGACCUCGGGCUCUUCGCCCAGAAGCUGCUGGGGCAGGUCCCCGCCGCGCAGCUGGAGGCCGAACGCCGGCGCGUCCUGCACUGCCUGGAGCUCGCCCAGCGCGUCCGGGAGCUGGCCGAGGCGUCCGCAUAGAGCUGGGCCCAGGCGUCCGCGUAGAGCUGGGCCCAGGCGUCCGCGUAGAGCUGGGCCCAGGCAUCCGCGUAGAGCUGAGCUCUGUUUCAGCAUCCCCUGGCCUUGGCCGUGUCCGAAACAGCACUCUUGCCUACUAUUGAGUAUACAAGUGGCCUACUAUGGAGUAUACAAGUUGUCUACUAUGGAGUAUAAAAGUUGUCUACUAUGGAGUACACAAGUUGUCUACUAUGGAGUAUACAAUUUGCCUACAAUUUGCUCUGGAUAAGAGCGUCUGCUAAAUGCCUGUAAUGUAAUAUUGAGUGUACAAGUGGUCUACUAUGGAGUACACAAGUUGUCUACUAUGGAGUAUACAAUUUGCCUACAAUUUGCUCUGGAUAAGAGCGUCUGCUAAAUGCCUGUAAUGUAAUAUUGAGUGUACAAGUGGUCUACUAUUGAGUGUACGAGUGGCCUACUGUUGAGUAUACAAGUUGUGCACAAGUUGUAUGCAGCUUGUAUGCUCAAUAGUUGGCGCGUGUGCUGAUUCGGGCACGGCCCUUGUCUCGUGCCAUAAUGUGCUAACGUGCUAACGUGCCAGUGUUUUCGAAGAGCUGCUGGAUUUGGAGUGGGAAUGGGAUACGGUGGUAGGCAGAAGUCUGGGCACCCCUGGUCAAACUUGUGCGUUCUGUUAAUUUUUUAAGUUAAAAGAAAUUAACGUCUGCAGGGAACAAAAUUGAUGACACUAUUUCCGUAAUUUUUAUGUAUAGUAACGUGCAUAUUCUGUAGUUAUGUGUGUCCUGGUUCAAGCGAUGGUCCUGUCCCGCCUGGACUACUGCAACUCGCUGCUGGCUGGUCUGCCAGCAUCCGCCAUCAGACCCCUGCAGCUCAUCCGGAAUGCUGCAGCGCGUCUGGUCUACAAC